AUGGCAGGUCAUUCGCAUAGAUCCUCGUUUAAAAAUGGUCAUAAAGGAUUCAAGUCCAAACAUUCAUCAAAAGGUGCCAUUAAAAGAUUAAACAAGGGUAAGGUUGAAAAGGAUGCAAAGAGUGGUAGACCAGUGAAAGGUGUGUCUAAAUUGCAGCGUAAGAAUUUAGCGAGACAAAAGAGAGAACAGAAGAUACUGGAUAGUUCAGAAAUAAGGAAGUUGUUUGAAGGGCCUCAUGGUGCGCAAAAGAUUAUUACUGUGAUUCCAUUGUGUAAUGAUAUUGAUCCUGAAGAGAUUGUUUCCAAGUUGAUAAGUAUCUCAGAUGAAAAUCUGGUGAAUACUAAUGGUAUUAGAAACUUUUACAUUAAAAAAUUUAAGAGCCAUUUGAAAUUUAUUGUACCAGAUAUGUCAAAUUUUAUUCAGAUAUUGGACUGUGCUAAGAUUAGUGACUUCUGCGUUUUUGGAUUGAGUGGUACAUCAGAAAUUGAUCCACAAUUUGGUGAACAAAUUUUGAGAGCUUUAGAAUCACAGGGUAUUGGUUCGCAGUUAGGUGUUGUCACCAACCUUUCUCAAGUACACCCCAAGGAAAAAUUCCAAUUAGAUGUUAAACAGUCAUUAGAGAGCUAUUUCAAGCAUUUCUUCCCCAAUCAAGAAAAAAUCUUCAAUUUGGAGAAAGAUUCAGAAUCUUUGAAUGCAAUCAGGACUCUAUGUCAGAAAUUCCCACAAGGUGUUUCUUGGAGAGAUCAAAGAGGUUAUUUGGUGGCAGAUAAAAUGGAUUUUAUCCAAAGAGAUGAACAAUUUGGUGAAUUGGUCGUCGAGGGGACUGUAAGAGGUGCAGGAUUCAACGCCAAUAGAUUAAUACAUAUUCCAGAAUUUGGUGAUUUCCAAGUAUCCAAAAUUGAAAAAUGUAAAGAUUCAGAAAGGAAAUCUAGAUCAAAUAAUAAUAUCAAGAAAGAUGAUGAAUUGGACCUUGAAUUGAACAAUGUUUUCGAAUCAAACGAUAAUAGAGAUGGACUUGAACCAUAUGCACCAAAAGAGAUUGAAUUACAAGAUGAUGAAGACUUCCGUUACGACGAAUUAGAGACCGCAAGAUACGAUGAUCAUGGAUUUUUACCAAGUAGAGAUCAAGGACCAUCAAAGGCUAAAGUUUUGCCAAAGGGAACCUCAGAUUACCAGGCUAGAUGGUAUUUGGAUGACAUUGUUGAUGUGGGGGAAGAUGAGGAAGUAGAUGAAAGAAUCUCUGAAGAUGAAGAGAUGGAUCAAGACAAUAUGGAUGAAGAAGAAGAAGAAGAAGAAGAACUAAACGAGCCACUAGUGGAUGAAGAUGGUGCUGAAGACGAUGAUUUUAUGGAUUUAGAUCCAGAACAGGAGGAACAACAGCUACAACAAUUCAGGGCAAAGGAGAAGGAAGAUUUAGAAUUUCCAGAUGAAAUUGAAUUACAUCCUAAUGAGUCAGCAAUCGAAAGUCUAAGGAAAUACAGAGGUGUAAAAAAUCUAGGUAACUGUAAUUGGGAUGUUGAUGAAAGGGAUCCAGAUAAACCAAGCGUCUGGAAGCGUCUAUUGAGAAUUUCAAAUUACAAAAACACUCGUAAUAGAAUCGCAAAGGAAAAUAAAGCUGAAAUCCAAGUUAUAGCAGGUGAUGUGGUUAGAAUAUACAUAAAAUUCCCCAAUGACCAAUUGACAAAGAUUCAAGACCCCAACCAAACGUUAUUUGCCGUAUACGGAUUACUACCUCAUGAACAUAAAAAUGCUGUAGUGAAUUUCACCAUGCAGAGAUGGGAAGAAUAUGACAAACCAGUUCCUUCCGAAACCCCAUUAGUAGUACAGUACGGUAUGAGAAGGUAUACCAUUCAGCCAUUAUUUUCUGCAGCUUCGAAUUCAAACAAUAACGUACACAAGAACGACAGGUUCUUGCAACCAGACACUUUAUCCAUUGCUACCUGCAUUGCGCCUGUUGACUUCACACAAUGUCCUGCCAUUUUCUUUAGACCGUCAGCACAAGAUCCUAAGGGCUUAGAACUAAUGGCUCAAGGUUCAUUUGUCAAUACCGAUUUCACAAGAAUUAUCACCAGUAGAAUCAUCUUAACGGGUCAUCCAUUUAGAUUCCACAGAUCUUUUGUUACCGUUAGAUAUAUGUUCUUCAGGCCACAAGACGUCGAAUGGUUCAAGUCAAUCCCAUUAUUUACUAAGAGUGGUAGAUCAGGAUUUAUUAGAGAAAGUCUGGGUACUCACGGUUACUACAAGGCAUCUUUCGAUGGUAAGCUUUCAGCUGAAGACGUGGUGGCCAUGUCUCUGUACAAACGUGAAUGGCCAAGAACUUCUCAACUAUGGACGACCACAUACUAA